CACAUCAUUCAGCAUCGGCCUCCUUCGGUCUUCCGCGCGUUAUCUUGCACCCACAUUACGCGCACCAUCCAUCACUAUUAGGCACGGUAAUCUGCACCACCCAGUCCUGGAACAGUGACACUCGCAUUCUUAGUUGAGACAUUGCGCGGGGUGCACGUGCCAAAUAAUUUGGAAGAACAGUGCUUUCUGAUAAAUAUUAGGGCUAUAUAACAGGGCGGCCACGUCGUAGCUCCCGCAUCGUAGCACCGGUCUACGAGACGAUCGCGCGGGCCGCGUUACGAAUCGAGUUGGUGCCGAGUUUUAGUGUCGAGUUAUUUCCUGAAGAAAUAUGGCAACUAAAAACGCAAAUGUAGAAGCGGGCAAUGCCGCGCCAGCCUCCGAGCCCAAACCCAAGCCCAAGAACAAAUUCCAAAAGUUUUUCGAGACAGGUUCGAUCCUGGGCCUCUCAGACAUCACAGAGAACAAGCUGCUGUGGCGACAGCUGGUGGCAGAACUGCUGGGCACCUUCGUGCUGGUCUCCAUCGGCGUAGCGUCCUGCAUCGCCAUCGUCGAGGCCAACGCCCCGAAGGUCACCACCAUCGCGCUUGCUUUCGGUCUGCUCGUUGGAUCCAUUGUGCAGGCGAUCGGGCACGUUUCCGGCGGGCACAUCAACCCGGCGGUGACGGCGGGACUCUUCGCGUCCGGCGACAUCAAGCUGCUGAAGGCUGUCCUCUACAUCAUCGUCCAGACACUGGGAGCCGUUGCCGGUGCUGCCUUCAUCAGGUUGGCGAUACCUGACAGCCGAGUGGAGAGUGCAGGAUUGGGACUGACGCUUCCCGGGCCCGGCGUGUCUGAUGCUCAGGCUCUGCUGAUUGAGGCUCUAAUCACCUUCCUGCUGGUGAUGGUGGUGCAAGGUGUCUGCGACGGUCGCCGCACCGACCUCAAGGGCUCGGCGCCUCUUGCCAUCGGCCUCAGCAUCACUGCUUGCCAUGCUGCUUGCGUUCCGUUCUCGGGCGCCAGUAUGAACCCCGCGCGUACCUUCGGCCCGGCCCUUGUCAUGGGCGAAUGGACAGCUCAAUGGGUGUACUGGGUAGGCCCGCUAGUGGGAGGCGUGGUCGCCGGUUUCGUCUACAGGUUCAUCUUCCGCAUCGGCAAGGACGGCGAGAGCGGCUCCUACGACUUCUAGGUUAACAAGUGACCCUCGGGGACCUCGAAGGGUCUCCCGGGCUCACAGAUACCACCCCAACUGUACUUUGUGCCUUCACUCAGUAGAGCUAAGCCUGUCUGAGAUUAAGAUAAGAGAUGUGUGUAUUUAUUUUAUGGGGAUACUUCUCAGUUCGAGAUUUCUGACGUAAACUCACCGAUGGCAGUUUCUUCUUCAAAAAAAUAAUGCUCAAGAAACAAUGAUCUUAAAAUAUUUCCAAUAAAUAUAGAUUUGCCAUCGAUGAGUUUAGUGUUGUUAAUUUGUUUUAGUCUAUCUUGAAUAGUGCAAGAUAAAAUUAUUCCAAAGCCAUUUUCGAGGAGGAAAAAUCGGAUAGAUAAUUUGAAAUCUUCAGAGUGAAUUGAUACAGUUCUUUUAUUUCCUCCAAUACGAUUUUCUUGAUCUGAAAACAAAUGUUUAUUGAUGAUGGAAAAGUUGAACAUUUCAAUUCACUUUGAAAAGGUUUUCAUCAAUGUACGCUAAGUAAUAAAAUAAGGUAAAAAGUAUUACCUAAGCCUAUUUAUAUUAUGUGAAUAAACUAUUAUAAGUUAAUUUUAAUGUUAAACAAAAUAAAAUAUUCUCCGCAAAAUAAUAAUUUGUUUAUAUUCGCAUGACUGCGGUAUCGAUAAGAGUACCUUUGAGAUU